AGUUGAUUAUCGGACGUUCCCAUUGGUGGUGCCAGAAUUCGUGCCGGGAAUAUCGGAGAGCGCGUUUGAGGUGGAUCAAAACAAGCGAUGCUCGAGCUGAGCAAGAACUCGCUUCCCUUCGUUGGCCACCGCUUCGUCGAAAAAGAAAGCGAGAAAGAAACGCGUGAGUUGUCGCCUCCGUCGUUCUCUAGUCGUCUAUUCCAAGAGGCCAGCUAUAAUUGUCGUGACGCGGUCCACCGCGGCGUCUCUUCCUCCUCCUCCUCCUCCUUCUCCUACUAUCUCGGUCAGGCGGGAUUUCAAUCCAAGAAAACAAUGUAGGCUACCCGCCGCGGCAUCCCUGUCAUCCCUCGAUUGUGCCGUCGGGGAUGUCGACACGGCCGUCUGCGGCUGUCAUCGUCGACGACUACGAGCAGCGCAGUCAUACAGACGCAAGCGUGAACAGUCGUGGGAGAUGUCUUACAGCGAUGGCGCGCGUCCGACACGAAAAUUCGGCACAAAGUCGCCGAAGAAGCUGUGCGUGACUAAGAGCGAGAACGGCGACAAGACUACGACGACAGUCAACUGCAGCGGCCAUCACCACCACAAUCAUUUCCAUCACAACCAUCAUCGCUUUCUGGACGGCUCGCAGCCGUCAGUGCACAAGCGCAAUCUCUACCUCGUCUCCUUUCCGUUGAUAUUGCUGUUCAACGUGCUGAGGACUCUACUGUAUCAGCUGUUCAUGGUGUUCAGGUACAUUUACACCUCUACAUCCCAGCUGAUCCAACGUAGACAGGCGUCCAAGCAGGCCUGUCAACUAGAGAUCGUUGUUGGUCAAAAGUCAACGGAUGCUCUGUCCAAUCGUUUGAUCAACGGCAAUCAGAUAGAAGGAGAAGUCAUGUCUCAGGUGCCUAGGCGUCCCAUUGGUCCAGGUCCUGCAGAUCCUUUGCUCGCCAAGCAGAAGCAUCAUCAUCGCAGAGCAUUUGAGUUUAUCAGCAAGGCACUGAAGAUUGAUGAAGAUAAUGAAGGACAAAAGGAAAUGGCCAUCGAAUUGUAUAAAAAAGGAAUCGGAGAACUGGAGAAGGGAAUAGCUAUAGAGUGCAGCGGUGGGCACGGUGAAGUAUGGGAGCACGCUCAGAGACUUCACGACAAGAUGCGUACGAAUUUGAUAAUGGCGAAAGAGAGGCUCGAAUAUCUUGUGAGUGUGUGUGAGCUGAGAAAGCUGGGUAUCAACAGUGAAUAUCGCGCGCCUGGAAAUAAAACGGACGGCGAACAUCCAGGAAAGCAUCUGAGGGCUCGCCGCAAUAUACACACUUUUCAAACUUCAACACGCACCAACACACCCAACACUAAUCACAAUAAGAACACGAACAAUACACAUACAGUUAACACCGGGCAGACAAUAUGUACGCAAAUUCCCAAGUUAAGGCCACGUUCUCCAAAAAACUGUUGCGCUCACACCACCGAAGCGUCCGGCAGGAAACUGUCGGUGCCAGGCAAACGACCGACAGGAACACCUUUGAGCAAAAGUCAGACGUUGCCUCGAAACAUGGGCAGAUCAACACCUAUCCAGCCUUGCCACAGGACCAUGCCGAUCAAACCGUCCUCUACGCCCCCCUCCGUGAAGAGACAGUUAUCCGUGCCUGGGAAUAAUGGCUCGCCUAUAAGACGUCCAGGAACACCCACUACUUCGAGUAGUAAUAGAAGCACUCCAACUAGGAAGGUGCCUAUUCUGAAGGGAGUAGAUCCGAAACUCGCACAAGUUAUUCUCGACGAGAUCCUGGAAGGUGGUGCGCCGGUGCAGUGGGAAGACAUCGCUGGCCAAGAAACCGCGAAGCAAGCCUUGCAAGAGAUGGUGAUCCUACCGUCGCUUCGGCCCGAAUUGUUCACCGGUCUACGAGCACCUGCGAGGGGAUUGUUACUGUUCGGGCCACCGGGAAAUGGGAAGACACUGUUAGCGCGCGCCGUAGCGACUCAGUGUAACGCGACGUUUUUCUCAAUCUCCGCCGCCAGUCUCACGUCCAAAUACGUCGGAGAGGGUGAGAAAUUGGUGAGAGCUCUGUUCGCAAUCGCACGGGAAUUACAGCCAUCUGUUAUCUUCAUCGACGAGGUAGACUCGUUGUUGAGCGAGCGAAAGGAUAACGAACACGAAGCUUCAAGGCGAUUGAAAACGGAGUUUCUAGUCGAGUUUGACGGCUUGCCGUGCAAUCCUGAGGAGAGGGUACUCGUUAUGGCCGCUACAAAUAGGCCGCAAGAGCUCGACGAAGCUGCGCUAAGACGAUUCACGAAACGCGUAUACGUCACUCUACCAGACCAGCAAACGAGGAUUGUAUUGCUCCAAAGGCUUUUGGCCAAACACAAUGAUCCUUUAACAUCUGAAGAACUAAAUGAGAUGGCAGUCAUGACAGAGGGAUAUUCCGGAAGCGAUUUGACUGCAUUGGCUAAGGAUGCAGCACUUGGGCCUAUCAGAGAAUUGAAUCCAGAUCAGGUGAAAGAAUUGGACCUCAAUUCCGUUCGUAAUAUCACCAUGCAAGACUUCCGUGAUUCCCUAAAGAGAAUUCGCAGAUCCGUUUCGCCGGCUAGUUUAGCUGCCUAUGAGAAAUGGAGCUUUGAGUACGGAGAUGUCAGUCUUUGAUUGCAAAUAAGUCGCUCGCACGAGAGGCUGGAUCAGUCACGUUUUACUUGAAUGUGAUCCGUCGAUACUCCGCCGAAUAUUAACGCGACAGUAACUUUCGCAUUUUUAUUCUUAUAAACGAUAUUUGUGCUUGAUAAGAAAGAGUGAUUACAAGGACAAAGAGAAGCUAUAUUCUUCAAUCUCUAAUACAACAAGAAUUCAGUAACACCGACUCCUAAUCUUGUCGCAUAUUUAGUAUGUUAAAGCUCCGCCUGAUUCUCCAUUUCGACGAAUGCAAUUUGGAUUCAGGCUGUAAUAUUUAAUACCGAAUGAAAUACCGAUUUCGAAAUUGCAAUUCAUUGAUUUUACCAAAUAUAAUACUCCACGCUCCAUCCAGUGAUCGAAUAUUCGCAUUCGCAGUUCAACACGUAGCUUUAAUCGUUACCGUUUUCGAUAUUUAUGCUUGACCGUAUUAUUUAUAUAUUAUUCUCUUACGAUUGAGUUCCUUUGUAUGAUAGAGAGAGGAGCUAGUGUGCGCGGGACUCACGAUACGCUCGCAUUAUGAUAAGUUGCACUUAGUGUCAGAAUGUUAGUUAUGUGUUAACAGUUAAAUGUUAAGCAUUUAAAGCUAUAAUCUUACUGCGUAAGAUUCGACAGACUACGUAUGUAAUUAAUCGAGCACACAGUCUGCAGUCGUGGAAUGCGUCUUCAUACAAUUCGACUAUUGUUAUUUAUAAAGUUGACACACGAGCAAGUUACUACACCGUGAGGCACGAUCCGUGAUACAUUAUUACAACAGUAGAAAGACUGCAUUCGCAAUCGAAACAGCGCACGUCCAAUCAGAUAAUAAAAAGUAAUAUCUAUCGAUGACGUAUGUAACGAAAAGACACUAUAGUUAUUUAUACACAGAGAAGAGAUGUACUGAAGCGUCGUAGGACGUAUUAGAACUUACAAAUUAGGAAAUGCAAAAUCUCGCGCGAAUAGUUAAUAUCGUCUCACGCGCAUCGAUCUUGUAUAAAUCACACUAAUAGAUGUACUUCCUAAAGUGUUGCGAAUGUUAUCUUGUUACGUUUGAUACUGAUUCAGAGAUUCGUUUGACGUUUGUUGAUACCGCAUACCGAUGCGUUUAGGAGUCACGCGGCAACCAUGAUGCAUGCUUGUGUAAAAAAUAAAAAAAAAGAUGGGAGGAAAUGGAAGGGAAAUCUGAAAUUCCGUUUUGAUACAAAAUUCUAUAAGACAACGAACUGAGAGAAUAUAAGCUGUGCUAUAUGAAAUCCUACGUAUAUAUCUGUAAGCAUUAUUUAUAAGCUCGGGGCGAUAUUGUUAUAUACAAGAGAUGAAAGAAAUCUUUUAUAUAUGUGUAUAUAUAUACACAUAUAUAUAAGUAUGAUGAGACACGAAGAACACGUUUUUAUGACACUUGUCUAUUGCUUCCAAUGCUCAAAAAGUAGGGUAAUUAUGCUUGUAUAAUGUACUUAUUGAAUUAACGUUUUAACUCGGGACUGUAGAUCACGUAGAUUGAUGCACUGCAAUUAUAACAUGACGCUAAUCCGUUCGCGAUUCGCCCCAAAGUACCACGCAGAUAGGAAAAAAUCAUUGCAGUCGCAUAUAGAAUAAGGUCUGCCGCGGGAACUAUGUUGGAGAUAAUUAUUUUCUGGGGGCGUUUCAUGUCCUCAAUGAGUUUUAUUUGCAUUUGAAUGCUCCCUCCACGCAGUAGGAGUAGAUAAAGUGCUGUUUAUAGAUGAAAUUGUAGUUAUUAAAUAAUAAGUCUGUAUAUGAAUAGAGCAUGUGUGUGUAUGUGUAUAUGUAUAUAUAUAUACACACACACACAUGUGUGUGUGACAUAGUGUAUAUAUAUAUGUAUGAGAUAUACAUACAUAUAUACACACACACACGCAAUGUAUUCUCAUUAAGUAAGCAUUUCAUGUGAUAGAUAUAAGAGUUGUACUACGACAUGGAGGAAAACGUAAAAACAGCAAUUCCAACGUUGCUUGCUUUUGUGACACCGCACAUGGAUGUGUGACAUUUCGAGAUCAACACUGUUGUCACACAUUACAGGUAAAAUCGUAUAAUGCUAAACAGCAUUUUUUAAGAGCUGUGAUGUUAUCGCGACGACGAACUUAAUAUCUUGCAUGUUCAGCUUCUAUUUACGGCACUGAAAAUUUUACGUAAAAGAAUAUGAUAUGCACUAAAAAAAUAUGAUAUGCAAAUAUUAUAUUUCACAAAUUAUAAUUCUGGGUCUUUCUAGAUAUUGCGACUUUGUUGAAAUAUGGCAUUGUUGAUUCUUUCCUCAAGUGAUAUGUAGCGCUGUGACAUUGAUCUGUUUCCAUUUCGCAAACGGAGUUUCGGCAUCAUGAUGUUGACUGAAAGAAGCUUUAGUUCCAAAUUACUUUGUGUGUUCCGUUGAAUAAUUGUCGCACUGCCUGUGUUAAGAGGAUGCUGAAGCGGAGAACUCUGCCUACAGAAUACUGACAUUUUUCUGCAAAGUUUAUGUCGUCGUAUUGGUUGUACAGAAUUAUAUGCUUUUGCGCAAUGAAAAUACGUGCAAAAAAUAAAUAGAAACACUACUCAACAUGUGACGAAAACGAGACAAAAAUUUUAGAUGUAAAAUCUCAAACUGUCAGCGUAAAAUUUGCCUAAAGUUAUAUUUAAAAUAUAAUAUUGCCAAAAAUUCCGUAACUUGUACAUUCGUGACUAAAAAGGUUGUCUAGUUUUUUUUCUUUAUAAGUUUCAGAAUUCAUCCGUCUUAUCAAGUGAGAGAAUUUAUUUUUCAAUAAAAGAGUUUUCUCAUUGGAUAAAUUAUCGUGAAACUUGCAAAAAAAAAAACCAGGCAAUCUUUCCGACCAAAAAGUUUACAAAAAGAUUUUUACAAAUGUGGUUAGGUUUUCCGCUAAAUAUAGUUAAACAAAGCAACACACAUUUACGUAAGUUCUGUAUAUACAAGAAAUACGAAAAGGAUAGCGACAUCAUCUCUACGUUAUGAAUAUUUUCGGAAUUCGUUAUCCACUUCAGCAUCCCUUUAAGUAUUACGUGAUUGUAUCAUGUAGUGUGUUACGUUAACGUUAUGUGUUAUAGAAUUUAAAUUAUAUUAAUUGUAUUAAUUCGUAAAGUUGACGAUGAUUUCUUGCACAAAUCUUUUCGUACAUGAGGAUGGAUCAUUUGAAGACCCUGGCCUUCCACUGUGAAACAUGCUGAGCCUUGAUUAAGUUAUUUUGCUACUUUUAUAAUAUAAUGAUAAAUUGAGUAAGAGUAACGAUCGGGUAUAAUGUUUAUGCUAAUGACAAUUACUGCUAUUUAAUCUAAUGGUAAAUACAACGCGAGUUGCAAGCCGAAAAAACUAUUUACGCAUGUUGGUGCACGCGAGAGUGGUUUUCCCUUUUAAAUAUUACCUCACCAUUAGUCUCUCACACACAAUUAUGUAUUGAAUCGUUGUCAGUGUUUGUAACUCGACAACUUGGAAGGUUUACAAUGUUAUUUGAUAUUGCGGUUGUAUUUUCUUGCGACAACUUUAGAUUAAAUUAUUCAAUCGUAAAACUUAUAGUUUGUAACAGAAAAGUGAUCAGUCCUCGUUAAUUGUGCCGCGUAUAUUCAGCUGUGGACUUUUAUUGUAACGCGUUCGGCAAAAAGGAGUAUGACCCGUAUAAUCCAGCAGUAUUAUAGAGUAUUUUUGGUAGACUACGUUGUAAAUUACACGCUAGAUCGCCAAUACAAAUCUUAAGCUAACGUUUCUCAGUAACACGUAUAGUCAGUUGCAAAACAGUUCAGACACAACGAAGUCGGGGAACAAAUUAUCAAAAUUAAGAGGCAUUGCUGACGAGCUUACUGAGUAAUAAUACAAUUAAUAAUAAUAAAUUAUUAUUAUUAAUAUAAUAUGCACAAUCGUCAGAAGUGACUUAAUUUUUAUAGUUUAGUCAAAUCCCAAUCCCAUUGUGUCUCAAUCGUUUUUCAACUUGUACACUACACCGUUCAUGAGUUCGUGAAUAUUGGCGAUUGAAUAACAUGAAGGCCCGCAUGAAGGUCAAAGCGUUAUAUAAAUAAAAAUACAAAUACCCGGACACGUACUUAGUCCCGGGCAUUCUUAUUGUUUUCGUCUUUAAAUGCGAAUAUUUAAAUUUUCAGUAUGACAUAUAUGUAUAUUAUGCAUUAUAAGUUUAAAUAUUCGUGUAUUUAAAGACCAAAAUAUGUAUAUAUUAUAAAUUUAAAUAUUCGUAUAUUUAAAGACCAAAGCAAUGAGAAUAGUCAGGAUUAGAUACGCACCGGGGAAUUGGUACUUUUAACUCACAUCGUUUUUUUCCAAAUAUUAUCACAAAUAUUACCUCAGAAGCGAACAUCGAGUCACUUUGUAGUGUUUAGUAUCUCUCGCUAUUUGCUUCUCGAAUUAUCGGCACAUUCACGGACUCACGCGAACGAUGGCGUAUUCUUUGUACUACACUUUUAGUCCAUACGUCCAACAGAAUAUAAUUACGAUAUCUAUUUGAUAGACGUUCACCGAAACGAUCGGAUUUAGGCCGUUAAUGUAUCGCGUAGCGAAUGUACAGAAUUGUACAGCACUCUGUCGAUAUUUUGUCAACGUGAUUGGUGAUUGAAUCGAAGAAUGUGUCUACGAGAUGUGUGUGUAUAUAUAGUACAAAUAUUACUCCGUUUUCCAAAUAUUAUUACGCUUUUCCCGUCGCGAGAGGAGGCCGAGAUUAUUUUCCAAGAACUAUCGAUAUUUCGUUACGUUGAGCCACUUUUGAUCCGUUGAGAAGAGGCGUUUCUCAGUUGUACAAACAUAUCCGACUUCACCGCGAGAAUAUGUAGCGUUUUAGUUUUGCAUUCUCGGACUUCCUUCGUUUGAUAGACCGGCAUUGUCGCGCAAAUAUCAACAGACGAUCGUAAACCUUGGCUAAUUAGAAAUACGAGUGUUAUCUUCUUCACACGUGGAUCGUCGCGCAAACGUUGAGAUGUUCGCGAGUGAUUUUUCGAGAAUGUCUUUCCAAUUGAUACGAACGGUCGCUGUAAGAGUAUAUUGGAUGCAAAAUAAAACCGUAUUACAUGUA